UGUGGAUGUGGCUGCCUUCUGACAAUCUCGUAUCAGCUGCACUUUCUGCCGGAGGCAGGCGGGCAAGGCAGCCUUCGCAUGACAACAGCCGCCACCGCACACCCCGAGCACAAACACGGAACGCGCGCUCGCCCUCCUCUCGGCGGAUCGACUAUGCUUUGACAGCGGCGGGACCGCUUCUCCCCCCCACCCCACCUAACCCCCAACCCGAGGUUCUUUCGAUGAACCUCCCGACCACGGAAGUUUGGGCGUCUUCACCGUAGCAGCGGGGAAUACUUUCCAAGCAGACAUAUUGGCCAGUGCGGGCAUGUGAGAAGGCGUUUUUCGCGCAUGUUCUUCGGCUUUCUGCGCAGCCUUCUCCCGCUGUCUGGAGAAGGGGGAGGCGGUGCAUGAGGAGGAGUAGGCACGACUUUCCCCUAACUCGAGCCCCCUGCCUAUGGACGACGGUGGUCCCCUGUCUCCCAGGGCAAAUGCUUUUAGUAUUGCCUCUCUGAUUUGCGCUGCAGAACAAGCAGGAAACGCGGCGUUUGACAAGCGGAGCGCCGGCCUGGACAAGCCAGACGGGAACAACCACAGCUGCUGCACAAUGCAUUAUAGCACCGUGACCCGGGAAAUGGAAGCCAUAUCCAGCCCGUGGCUGACGCAGCUGUCCCAUUUUUGCGAUGUUGCAGCCUUCACGACCAGCAGCCUGAGCAGCCUCAACACCCCGGGGGGAUACCACCUCUCCCCCUCCCCCGGGGACCCUUACACCCAACACGAGGCCCACUUUGAGCCCUGCCCGGCCGCUCAACCAAACUACAGUUAUGCGGGCCAGGCCCCGCCGAGCGACCCUGUCGGGACCCCUUGCUCGUCGUCCUCGUCCAACUCCACACCGAACAGCAAGAGCAUAGUCAAGAAGAACCCCAAAGUGGCCAACAUUAACGUCCAGCUGGAGAUGAAGGCCUUGUGGGACGAGUUUAAUCAACUGGGCACCGAGAUGAUCGUCACCAAGGCGGGGAGACGAAUGUUUCCAACAUUCCAAGUGAAAAUAUUCGGGAUGGAUCCAAUGGCGGACUACAUGCUCCUAAUGGACUUCCUGCCAGUAGACGACAAACGUUACAGGUAUGCGUUCCACAGCUCCUCGUGGCUUGUGGCGGGCAAAGCUGACCCGGCGACCCCGGGGAGGGUCCACUACCACCCGGACUCUCCGGCUAAGGGCGCCCAGUGGAUGAAGCAGAUCGUUUCUUUUGACAAACUCAAACUCACCAACAACCUCCUGGACGAUAACGGGCACAUCAUUCUCAACUCAAUGCACCGCUACCAGCCCAGAUUCCACGUGGUCUAUGUGGAUCCUCGCAAGGACAGCGAGAAGUACGCAGAAGAGAAUUACAAAACGUUUGUGUUCGAGGAAACUCGCUUCACGGCGGUCACGGCGUACCAGAACCACCGGAUCACCCAGCUGAAGAUAGCCAGUAACCCCUUUGCAAAAGGCUUCCGAGACUGUGACCCAGAGGAUUGGCCCAGGAAUCAUAGGCCAGGCUCCCUGCCAAUAAUGAGUGCUUUCGCCAGAACAAGAAACCCGAUGUCAUCUCCUCCUCAGCAGAACGGCACGGAGAAAGAUGACAGCAGGCGGGAAUAUGAGCGAGAGCCCGGCGGCACACCCAUACACGCUGACCCGGCUCACCAGCUGAUGUCCCGCGUCCUCAGUCCCGCCCUGCCCGUCCCGGGAGGCCUCCACGCUGUCCCGCUCACCGGCGGCCGCCCGAGCCCCCCGCACGACCUCCGGCCGGACCCUCACACUCUCCCCCCGGAAACCCUUCACCACCAUCCCUACAAGUACCCCACCACCUACGAACACUACCUGGGAGCCAAGACCAGGCCGUCCCCUUACCCUUUACCCAGCAUCAGAGGACACACGUACCACCAUCACAUGAACCCUGCCACAGCUAACAUGUACUCGGCUACCAGCGGGCCGGCAAAUUAUGACUACGGGCCCAGAUAAUGACUGCUAAUGGUGCACUGCAUUGUGGGAAUGGAGCCAGCCUUGAAACUUUAAAUGCAACCUACAGGGUGAAUUCACAGACUGAAACUCCUUUCUGUGAAAUAAACCCUGCUGUAUUUAUUAAAAGAAUCUCUGGAGGAAACAUGGACGCCUGUGUGAAGGCCCGAAAGAGGUCUUCUGUGACCUGUGAACUCAAUGGCAAUUGCUCCGCAUCAGCCAACUUGAGCAGUUCAGUCGCUGAACCAGCAGGCUGAGAAGAACACGUUUGAUCACGGACUGGAAUUGAAUUUUUUUUUUUUUUGUGUUGAAUGCACUUUUUGAUUUGCCUUGUUUCUAAAGCUUUCAAAAAAGCCAUAUGUUAUAUAAUCCCUCAACCUUGUAGGUAGACGACAUGUUUGCAUGCUGAGCUCAUCGGAGAGGCGGUGGAACCACAUUGAAAUGUUUUUUCUUGUGUCUGAGGAGGGAAAAAAAGGUUGAAUCAUCGAACACGAACAUUUUGAGCCGUUCUGAGAAGCUUGUACCAUGGCACUGACUUGCAGCAAUUCAAAGUAAAUAAAUGAAGCAGAAUGACUGCUAUGUGUCUGUAAAGUGAACAUUAAAUUCGAAAGUAAUCUAA